UAUUCUCGUUGUCGUCGCCGUCAGUCGGUUUAUGUAUUCGGAUGGCAGCGGAUUGAUCGAUCGAGUGGUGCUUUCCAGUGCGAUCCAGUAACAAGCUGAUCCUCGCACGUACACCACCUUCACGCCAUGGACUCCAGCCAUAUUGCCGUGAGAUCUGGUAAGCCAGUCGCAGACAGAUGAUAGCGCUCCGAUAAGAUAGCACUUUUUGGACAUCAUCAAGCAUCAUGGCAUAUCGGAAUCCCAAGAAUUAGUCUUAAAAUGGCCAUCUUCGUAAGUGCCUACAGCUUGCGGGCGAUUAGCAAAUAUUACGAGGAGCAAGACCAGAGCGGUCUCGACAAACUGUGCCACUUGGCUAAUCAUCUGCGCACUUUUAUCUUGGCUAAGCUCCAUCAUGUGUUGUUUGCUCUAUAUUUCGCUUCGCUAGCCCUCCAUCACGUUCCCUCCGAGGACUUGAUCUCCCAGUAUGGCAGUCUGGGCUCCACCGAUGAUAUCUUCAUAUGUGUGCCCGAGGAUGGCGAAGUCAGCGAAUCCACUCCGCUGUUGAGAGCGGCAAACUCCUCCACAACUCCCGCCCUUGCCACCGCCACCGCCUUCGCAUCCAGGUCCACUUCAACGAGCAUCACAAAAGACUGUCUUAAUUGGCGCUCGGUGGGACUGCUGGCUAUGUGUUCGUCCGCCAUGGCUCUGGCCAUCUAUUUGCUUUGGAGGCAAACUCAACUGCCGGACUUUGGGUAUCGUCUCACUCUCGUCGAGCAUGAUGUAUGGUCGGAUAUAGAUGUCCAAGAUCAGGGAACUCUGCUGGAUCCUCUCAAGGUAGUGACUGUCUUCUUCACACAGACCGAUAGUCCAGAGUGCCUAGACGAUUGCUUGGAGUUGCUUCAUAAACUGCAGAAAACCCGUAAAGAGGAGCUACCGUACAAUUUUCUCAUCACCGGCGACUGCCAGGCUUUCGAGGCUCGCGGCUGGCAGUACGAGAGCUUCUUCUCCCAGGAUCUGCCCCUGGCCAGCUCCCUGGUAAUAGCCUUCGUGGGGCAGUUCCAUCGAUUACCCCCCAAUCACUGCCAGUUGAAGGUAGCCCAGGCCCUGCUACUGGAAUCCUUAAAAAGAAGGAAACUACAACCGGACUACCAGCUAUAUGUGCUGGGAAGGAAUACAGGAGCUGUGGAGAGGGAAUUGGAGCUUUGGCCCAGGUAUGCUGGACACAGGAGCAUCGAGUGA